UCUCUCUCCGAGGGAGAUUGUAUUUACCCUUAAAAAUAAUUUAGUCGCUCCUCAGCUGUAGGGCAGCCCUUCCUGCAGUCCUCAGACCUAGUGAAGGUUGCUCACUCUUUUGCAGUUUGUAGCUGUAUUCAUACUACUGUAUAUUUUAAGUGAAAUUUUAAUCUUUGCUUCUAUUUGUCAUCUUUGCCUGCACCGAUGUCGCUUGGGGCUGCGGAGCGGAAUGUCAAGCGUCCACUGGAUGAGGACCAGCGUCGGCGAAAUGAGGCCGAGGAAGCCCCCCCGCUACAGAAUUACCUGGCCUUCACCAUCUUCACCUGCUUCUGCCCCGCCUACCCCAUCAACAUCGUGGCCCUGGUCUUUUCCGUGAUGUCACAGAACAGCCACGCCGAGGGGGACUACGAGGGCUCUCGCCGGCUGGGCCGCAAAGCCCUGCACUUAGGUAUCGCUUCCAUUGUCAUCGGCCUGCUGCUCAUAGCCAUCUACUGCAUCGUCCACUUCACCACGCAUGAAAUUUGAUCGGUGGGAGGAAAUGAGGGGAUCUUCAACAGAGGAGUCCUCUUCAUCCGAGAAAGGAGCAGCCGGCUGCACAUUCACGCUUCCUUCCUCUGUCUCCGGGCCCCUGGAUCUGCACACCAUUCCACAGAAAAUCCACCAGAAGGCCACAGCUCCGUCUCCCCUGCCUCGGUCUCCCCUGCCUCGGCCUCUCCUGCCUCGGCCUCUCCUGCCCCGGUCUCCCCUGCCUCGGUCUCUCCUGCCUCGGUCUCCCCUGCCUUGGUCUCCCCUGCCUCGGUCUCUCCUGCCCCGGUCUCCCCUGCCUCGGCCUCUCCUGCCCCGGUCUCCCCUGCCUCGGUCUCCCCUGCCUCGGCCUCCCCUGCCUCAGUCUCCCCUGCCUCGGCCUCUCCUGCCCCGGUCUCCCCUGCCUCGGCCUCUCCUGCCCCGGUCUCCCCUGCCUCGGUCUCCCCUGCCUCGGCCUCUCCUGCCUCGGUAUCCCCUGCCUCAGCCUCUCCUGCCCCGGUCUCCCCUGCCUCGGCCUCUCCUGCCCCGGUCUCCCCUGCCUCGGCCUCUCCUGCCUCGGUCUCCCCUGCCUUAGUCUCCCCUGCCUCGGCCUCUCCUGCCUCGGUCUCCCCUGCCUCAGCCUCUCCUGCCCCGGUCUCCCCUGCCUCGGCCUCUUCUGCCUCGGUCUCCCCUGCCUUGGUCUCUAAUGCCCCUCCUACAGGCUCUGUUUAAAUUCCCAUGUGCCAAGAGCUGAUUUUUGCUGUGAUGAGGGAGAAGUCUGAAAAAAAAUUGUCUCCCACUGACAGUUUAUUCUGCAUUUUUGCAAGUUUAACCUGUCUGGUGAAAAAUAUAAAAACUGUCCAUUAAAACGGACAAUUCAGCCAAAAUGAUUAGACACCAUGAUGGUGGAAUCAAGAUGCAUUUCUCUUGUUUGUGAUGGAGGUAGGUCAGUAUCAUAUAGGUUCAGGUGCUGCUUUUGAGGGCCCGGGCAGGGGGGUGUGCUGCACAUGACCUUUGACCUCAGAGGAGCUGGUGUGCAUACCCUGGCAGCAGUGAAGGAGGUCAGCAUGUCUGCUUUACGCUUCACAGCACAUUCCUGCAUGACAGUGCGCCAGUUACCGGUCUUCACUGGUUUCCUUUUGGGGCAUCACUUUUCUAAAUACUUUAGAAAUAAAAUAGCAUUUGGCUGCAGAAAUAAAUUCAAGAAACUUGCAUAAUCAUAAUAAUUAAUAUUGAUUAAUAUUAAUAUAACAUAAUCAUUGUAUAAUCAUUGGUAUGCUAUGUGAAGCAUUCUCUGGUGAAAAGCCUUGUGCAGUAGUUAAAAUAAAAUGAACCCGCAGAAAAUCCUGUGAAGAUACAGCUAAUUGUCGAAACUAUAGACAUCAUUUCAGAACUAAACUGUCCAGAUGUGGUGGUGUGGGGGGGGGUUGCAUAUUUGCAUAUCCAUUGAUUUGAUAAGUCAGAUGCACAGGGCUGGGGGACACCCCGAGCAAGAUGCCAGUCCAAACACACAUUAAUUCACAUUCAUACACUAUGGGCCGAUUAGGAACAUAAUAUAUUGUGUAUUUCACUUCCAAAAUUGUAAAGCUAUUGCAGAGCUGUACAUAAUUAAGUUUGUUGUGUAAAAUAUGCUAUACAGAUAACAAAGAAUAAAUGCUAAGCUAGUUACUCGAUUA